GGGGCCGGUGGGCGAGGCGAUGACGUGUCGAAUCUGCCAGCGCGACUUUGACCUGGCCGACUUCAUCCGCUUCAUUCACCACUGGGCACUGAACUGUUCCGGCGAGCAGGCGGGGGGCGUACACGGCCAUUCUGCGACCCACCUAACGCCUUCCGGCGAGAGCGACGACGAGUUCAGCCUUAACGGCGACGCACAGCGCCGCCUAGCGGCUAGCUUUCUGCGACAGCUGGCGCCCUCUUCCCGCGACCGCGAGAACCUCGAGUGCAACGGACUGUCACCAGCUCCCUCCAGCAUGUCCAGUGGCUCUUCGGUUGUUAAGAAGGAGGACAUACCGAAAAGAUACAAGGACGAAGACACCGAUCGGGAAAAGCGGAAACAUCUUCUUGUCAACGCGGGUGCAAAUACUGCCGAGUCAGGACCCUGGAACUACGUUUGCUUCACAUGCAAGGACAGCUUUCAUUCGGCGUGGGCUCUGGUGCGGCACGUUCAGGAGCGGCACCAGGUCAAGAUCUACGUGGAAGAAUUGGCUGACUCUCGGCGCUCCCUGACUCCCUCCCCAAGGCCCGGCUCGACCUCGCCCCGAGCCGCGUCCUCCCCGCCGCCGGCGUCACCGUCGUCCCCGCAGCGGGGCUCCUCCUCGCCUCUCCGCAGUCCGCCAACGCCGGCCGACGCCGAAGAGUCGGCCGCUCAGGGGGCGCGCCAGCCGGUCUCCUGCAGCCCGGGGCUGGCGACGCGUCGUGAGCGGCCUCGCGCCUGCGAGUACUGUCACAAGGUGUUCCGCUUCCAGAGCAACCUGAUCGUGCACCGGCGCAUCCACACGGGCGAGAAGCCGUACAAGUGUCACAUCUGCAACCACGCCUGCACACAGAGCUCUAAGCUCAAGCGGCACAUGAAAACCCAUCUGCACGACCUGGGCGGUGGCGCGGCAGGCAGCGCCGCCGCUGCCGCCGCCGCCUCCGCAGCCGCGGAUGACAUGUAUGCCCGAGGUGACGACUCCAGCGCGCUCGACGACGACGACGACGAGCCGGACGAGGAGGACGAGAUGGAGACGGCCGAUGACGACGGCCCGGAAGACCUGUCGACGAGGUCGGCGGCCAGAGAGGCGAGCCCAGCUACCGACCGCACGUCGCUGGUGGGCGAGCUGAUGGACAAGUUCGGCCUCUCCAGCAUUAACGCCUACCGGGACGCCUAUCGACAGGCUCUGAGCGAGUCGGGCAAGGAGAACACGUCGGGAGGGGUGGCCGAGCGCGCGCUCACCGCCGACCAGUGUCGACUGACCGCCCCAGCGGACGUCUACAAGCUGCCCGCCGGACUCGACUCGUAUAAGCUUCCAGGAGGGAUGGAUGCGUACAGGCUGGCGGGUGGUCUGGACUCGUUUAAGCUCCCCGGAGCGCUAGACGCCUACAAGCUCCCAGCCGGCCUCGAGUCGUACAAGCCUCCCGGAGGGAUGGACCCCUACAAGCUUCCCGGCGGACUGGAGUCGUACAAGUUCCCGGCCAAGCUGGACCCGUACAAGCCCCCGAGCCGAGAGGAGGCCUUCGGGCUGAAGUCGUCGGCUGAACUAACCAGUGCACCGUCGUCGCCGUUGUCACGGCGUCAGCGGCGCGACACGUGCGAAUACUGCGGCAAGGUGUUCAAGAACGGCUCCAACCUGACCGUACACAAGCGGUCCCACACGGGAGAGAAGCCCUACCGAUGUCGCAUGUGCAACUACGCCUGCGCGCAGAGCAGCAAGCUGACGCGCCACAUGAAGACGCACGGCCGCAUGGGCAAGGACGUGUUCCAGUGCCGCUUCUGCGGCAUGCCCUUCUCCGUGGCGUCCACGCUGGAGAAGCACAUGAGGAAGUGUGUGGUCAGCAAGAGUAACAAGUCCGGCUUCCGGCCGACGGUGUUGCCCAGCCACUGACCGCCACGAACUGGUGACGUCACGUUAAUGCCCUGAAAACUAUCCCGUGACGUCACUAAAAUAGUCGUGCUGGUGAGAUUGCGGUGUCUGGUGGGUUUGUGUGCCGAAGAAGUACAACUUUCUACGCAGUAUUAGCGACCGGCAGCCUUAAGGUCACUUUACCAAAAACCAAAAAAUGUAUGCCUGCAGGCGGGUGCGUGGGACGCGAGACAAGUACCUUCAUUUUUGAGUCCUGGGAUGGUAGUAAACCACUUGAGUGUUCUCGUAAUGUAUCAGAGAGCAAUUUGUGAAUAUCUCACCGCGUGUAGCGUUCCAUUCACAUAUAUUCGUGAUCUAAAUAGAA